CACUCCUCCUCUCUCCUCUCUGCGAGUUUGCUUGCAGAUCAACGCCGUUGUGCAAAUCGACAGAGAAGAAGACAAGAAAUCAUGGCUUCUGAAAAGUUUUACUUGCGCUUGCUCACCUUUGUGACCCUAUUGACUGUACUGGCACUCUCGGAUGUUGCAAGUGAGAACACUCUGGAAAAACUCUUGAUGAAAAAAGUGGACGGUGAUGUAAAGCCAGCUGCAGCUGCAGCUGUGGCUGUGACUCCCUCCAGGGCCAAACAGUUCCUGGCCUCCCUUAAAAGACCCAAAAGGAACCUGUGGGACCGCAGCCGGCCUGAUGUUCAGCAGUGGAUCCAGCAGUUCAUGUACAUGGGCUUUGAUGAAGCAAGACUUGAAACGGAUCUGGCCUACUGGAUGGACCACUACCGAUCCAGUGACCAGGGUCGCCAGCAUCACUAUGAUGAAAACUCUCCCAUAGGGCCUCGCAGCGCCGGCUCUUACAGGCACGGGGCAAACGUCAAUUAUGACUACUACUAAAACAACAAAGACAUAACCGCUCUGAUUUAACACAGUGCUUCUUCCUUCUGUAGCUUGUACUUCCUUUUGUAAAUGAAAAUAACAGAGAAAAUCAUGAGGGGGGAAAAGUCCAUUUUAAUAGUUCACACAAAAAUGAAGAAUGUCAUCAUUUACUUGAAAAUGACAAAAACAUACCAGACAAAUAUCAUAAAAGUAGCCUAUAGAGUUGAGAACCACUGCCAUAUAUCAUAUGCUACCUUUAUGUGAAGAAAAGACUGAAAUUUAAGUCAUUACCAAUAAUCUUGUCAAAUCAUAUUUUGAGCUUGACAGCAUCAUCUUUCAUAUAACUUUCAUUAUAUGGAAAGGAACAAGAAUGAUGUUAUUCAAAAAAAAUAAAAUGUCU